AUGGGCAAUCAUAUGUUCAAUAACCUUGUGUCGAGAUACAGGAACCCAGAGAGUGGAAAUGAGGUCGGAUUCGCAUUGUAUGAUGUGAACCAGGCCGCAGUAGACAAUAUCAUUAAAUACCACGACUCUGAGCACCCCAAUGUGCCUCUCACUAGUUGCUCAUCACCUUACGAUGUAACACAGAAAGCUUCUACUAUUAUCAGCAUGGUUCCUACUGGAAAGCACGUCCAGGAGGUCUAUGUUGGCGAAGGGAAGAGUGUCCUGAGCGCUCUCAAGGAUAUAAGUCAAGAUCAGCGCGCAGAAACUCUCUGCAUUGAUCAGUCUACCAUUGAGCAAAGUGUCAGCAAGGCAGUCGCCUUGCAGCUGCGACAAAUCGGGGCAGAUCUGGUGGACGCCCCAGUCUCAGGAGGUGUCAUUGGUGCAGAGAAAGGCACAUUGGCAAUCAUGGUUGGCGGAUCCAAGACCUCCUACCAUCGCUCUGUCCCCGUCCUGCAAUCCAUGGCUCGCAAGGUCACAUAUUGUGGUGACCUCGGUGCUGGACUUGCCGCGAAGAUUUCGAAUAAUCUUCUACUUGGCAUCACCAUGCUUGGCUUGAGUGAAGCGAUGCUACUGGGCAAAAGGCUCGGAGUUGAUCCGCAAGUACUUGCCGACAUCAUUAACAGCUCCACGGGGCGUUGCUGGUCCAGUGAAAUCAAUCACCCGGUCCCUGAGGUCAAAGCCGGAGACUCUAGCCCUCCAGCCCACCGGAAUUACGAGGGCGGCUUCGUUACUAAACUGGCUCACAAGGACCUUGCUCUCGCUAUUUCGGCUGCCGAAGAGGCCAAUGUCCCUCUCGCGGUGGGACGGUGCGUUGAGGAGACGUAUAGACCACUGGCCAGGUCCAAGGAGUUUGGAGACCGAGACUUUAGUGUGGUCUACGAGGCUCUUGAUUCUCUGGGCUCCGCUGCGCGGAACUCCAAGCUAUAG